AUGUCGCUCAGCCACGCUAUGCUGCUGCUGGGCUCAUCAUACAUAGCAGCCGGAUCGAGAGGAGAUGAAGUUACACUGGAUCCUGUGUUGAAAGCCAGCCCUGGAGUGUCAGAGGCCAUUACGGCUGCACAAGACUGGCUUUUUCUUACCGGCCCAUCUCCUUUGGUGGCGAGCCGUGCUUGGCUUCGUCCUUUGUUCAUCUUUGGACUGGCCACUGUUGCAAUGAUCUUGCAGAUUCGUUCGGCACUCGCCAUCUUGAAGCGAGGCAUGAACCACCUGUCGAAGUUGGAUGACCAGGUUGCACCGGAACCCAUGAGCCCUGCAGCUUUUCAUGCGGCAGCAGAGGAGGCGGCCUCGCUGCAGCGUCAGCGCCUAGCCGAGCACCGUCGCCGGUGCCUUGCCCCCCAGUCCUCUGUGCGCCGUGCCCGCAGCGUGCCGCGGCCAUCGCCGGUGAAGGUGGAACCUCGGCCACGAGCCCGCAGCGCCGAGAGGUAA